AUGUCUCUCAAGGUCAUCCUCACCACCUCGGCCCUGCUCGCCGCGCAGCUCGUCUCCGGCCACGCCGCCAUCAUCAAGGCCGUCGGCGACGCGGGCGGCUCGGGCAUGGCCAUCGGCGUCGACCCCAACACGCCGCGCGACGGCACGCGCCGCCGCCCCUUCCAGGCCGACUCGACGCGCUUCCGCGGCGCGUCGGCCAACUCGGUCGGCGAGACCAUCGGCGCGGGCACCAACGACGCCGAGUCGGGCACCGCAAAGGUCAUGGACCUGGCGGGUGGUACCCUCCCCCAGAUCACGCCCGGCGGCUCGCUCCAGAUGACGGUCCACCAGGUCAACGCCGACGGUGCCGGCCCUUUCAAGUGCAUGAUCAACUCGGACGGCACGGCCCAGAGCUGGGAGAACAUCCAGGUGACGACCAACGUGGCUGGUAACCAGCGUGGUCGCAACAACGCUGGCAGCGCUUCCGACCACCCGCUCGUCGCGGCUAUUCCGGCCGACCAGACGUGUACCGGCCAAGUCGCUGGCCAGGACAACGUCUGCAUGGUGCGCUGCCAGAACCCGGCUAAUGCUGGUCCCUUUGGUGGUGUCGUCCCUGUUCAGAUGGCCAAUGCUGCCGGCGCUGGCAACGGUACCGCCCCUGCGACUGGAAACACUGGCAAGACUGGCAAUGCUGGCAACACUGGCAACACCGGCAACACUGGCAACACCGGCAACACUGGCAACACUGGCAACACUCCCGUUGGAAACACCGGCAACACCGGCAACACCGGCAACACUGGCAACACUGGCAACACCGGAAACCGCGCCGGACGUGCUGGCCGCCAGGGUGGCCGCAACAACAACAACAACGCUGGCAACGACGCAGCUGCCGCCAACAACCGCGCCCGCGCGGUCGAGUUCACCGCCUAA